AUGACCUUUUCAUUCUAUGGUCUUCUCGAGGCAGCUCUUCUCGUUUUAAAUGGAAUUGCUGUCCUUAAUCGGGAAAGAUUUCUUAAAAAGAUCGGAUUCGGUGAACCAGUGCAUUCGUUCGAUGGCUCAUCACAAAGCUCGGUGAAGGGUCAACUGAUGUCAUUGAUCUUUGCGGUGCAAACUGUUAUGAGAAUGCCGUUGAUUGCGGUCAACAUUUGUGUGAUUCUCUUCAAAUUGAUCCUUGGA